UUAAUAACAUAAUGAUUAAGUUUUGCACAGUUUGUGGAUCUAAAACAACAGUUGGCUUCAAUUUUGGUGUCCAAACGUGUCAAUCAUGUAAACAAUUUUUUCGGCGAAAUGCAUUCAAAAUUAAGGAGUUACGGUGUCGGGGUUAUGGCAAUUGUAAUAUAAGUGUUGAUAAUACUAGAAAGUCCUGUCCAAAGUGUCGCCUAAUUAAAUGCUAUGCCUUGGGUAUGGAAAAACAAUGGAUAUUCAAUGCCAACGAAAAACAAUGGCAAAGAGUGUCCAUCAAUGAGAUGGCGGUCAUCACUAGCGAAUCAAAUGAAUCGCAAAUUAAUGAAUUUAAAACUGAAGAUAAAUUAGCUGUUGAUGUUGUUGUAGAUGUCAAUGAAAAUAGUUGUCAAACUACUAGUGAUGAUGACUACAACUACGACAACAACUCGCAACUAUCAUCAGUGGUGCGGCCGAUGACAGUGACAACGGUUCCCAAAGAGAUCAGUUAUGGCAGCGAUUGUCUACAGGAUGUCGAGCGACAACUAUUUGACGAAUUGUUUGCCGCGACAACACCUACUCAUCAACCGAGUAGUUCAUUGCGAGACCAACCGGUGAUUGUGUUGGACAUGACCUGUCAGGAGGUGUACUAUUUUUCGGCCAACUAUUUUGACAAUUUUAUGACCUCCUUAAUCAAGUCGAUGAUCAAAUUGACAGCAUUUAAUCGGCUGGCAAAUGAUGAUCAGAUUGUACUACUAAAGCACAGUUGCUUUCACAUACAUAUGCUGUUAUCGGUACACUAUUUUGACUAUCCGACACUGGGCUGGCGGGCAAAAACGCAAUAUAAUUUGAUAGUCAUAUCAUUGCAAUCAUUGAUUGGCCACGAAAUUGCAAACUAUUUCAAACAAUAUAUGCAAUUAUUAUAUAAUAAUUUGGAUUUUGAUCUAAAUAUUAUUUAUUUGUUAUUACCAAUCAUUAUAUUUAAUUAUCAUCGACCAAACCUUAUUGACAAACAAUUGAUUAAAUCCAACUAUCAAUUAUAUAUACUUGAUCUCGACAUUCCUAGCACUUGUGCUCCACGUCUUUGUGAUAAUGUCGGCACUUUUUCUUAUAAGUCCUUUACGCGUUCUAUGUUCUCUGGAGUGACCAGUUAA